GGGGAGAAGGGGGGGGAAGAUUGGAAAUGCAGCUCUGGAGUUUGCUGCUGCCUCUUGCGCUUCUCUGUACAGCCCUAGCCAGUGGACCCGAAUGUGGGAUGGACGAGCGCUCCCGCAGGGCGAGAAGGGACACCAGGCACAGCCGCCAGCUCCUCUACACUGCCCCGGGCACCUGUGCCACCAGGUUAGCCCGAGGAAGGCGCUCCACUGCUGGGCUGGAGCCUGGGCAUGUCCCCCGCAGGAGGCAACAGCGGGAGGUAGAGGACGGCGAGGAGUCCCUUACCCCGAGCAGGGCGCUCUAUUUCAGUGGACAAGGUGAUCAGCUGCGGCUGAAGGCAGACAUUGAGCUGCCCCGAGAUGCCUUCACUUUGCAAGUGUGGCUGAAAGCUGAAGGAGGACAGAGAUCUCCGGCUGUCAUUGCAGGACUGUAUGACAAAUGUUCUUACACCUCCCGUGACCGAGGAUGGGUCCUGGGGAUUAACACCGUCAGUGACCAGGGGAAUAGAGACCCCCGCUAUUUCUUCUCUCUGAAGACAGACCGUGCUCGCAAAGUGACCACCAUUGCAGCACAUCGCAGCUACCUCCCCAACCAGUGGGUUCACCUGGCUGCCACGUACGACGGGCACCUGAUGAAACUCUACGUCAAUGGUGCCCAGGUAGCCACAAGCGGAGAGCAGGUGGGCAGCAUCUUCAGUCUUCUGACAUUGAAGUGCAAGGUGCUCAUGGUUGGAGGAAAUGCCCUGAACCAGAACUAUCGGGGUUAUGUGGAGCACUUCAGCCUCUGGAGGACAGCCAGGUCUCAGAAGGAGAUCUUGUUGGACAUGGGCCAGGCGAUUCACAGACAAGACAUGCCUCUACCUCAGCUAGUUCUUCAAGACAGUUUACUGAAUGUGAAAAACACCUGGUCUCCCAUGAAGGAUGGCAGCAGUCCUCAGAGCAAGUCCAGCUACCAUCACGGCUAUUUGCUGGAUACCAGCCUAGAGCCUCCUCUCUGUGGACAGACAGUCUGUGACAACACGGACGUCAUUGCCAGCUACAACAAACUCCCCAGCUUCCGCCGUAACAAGAUCGUUCGCUACCGUGUGGUAAAUCUCUACGACGACAAACACCAGAACCCCACAGUCAGCCAGCAGCAGAUCGAGUUCCAGCACCAGCAUUUAAACGAGGCUUUCAGCCGCUACAACAUCACCUGGGAGCUGGAGGUGCUGGAGGUGAAGAACUCAUCCCUUCGGCACCGACUCAUCCUGGCCAACUGUGAUAUCAGCAAGAUCGGGGACGAGAACUGCGAUCCCGAGUGCAACCACACCCUGACUGGGUAUGACGGAGGAGACUGCCGGCAUGUACGCCACACGCUCUUCAACAAGAAGAAGCAGAACGGAGUGUGUGACAUGGAUUGCAAUUACGAGAGGUACAACUUUGAUGGUGGGGAGUGCUGCAACCCGGAGAUAACAGAAGUCACCAAGACGUGCUUUGACCCGUAUUCUCCGUACAGAGCAUACUUAGAUGUCAAUGAACUGAAGAACAUCCUCAAACUGGAUGGAUCCACACACCUCAACAUCUUCUUUGCCAACUCCUCUGAGGAAGAGCUGGCUGGAGUGGCAACUUGGCCCUGGGACAAGGAGGCCUUGAUGCAUCUAGGUGGCAUUGUGCUGAAUCCUUCCUUCUACGGCAUUCCUGGCCACACGCACACAAUGAUCCACGAAAUUGGGCACAGCCUGGGGCUCUACCACGUCUUCCGGGGGAUCUCAGAGAUCCUGUCCUGCAGUGAUCCAUGCAUGGAAACAGAGCCCUCCUUCGAGACCGGGGACCUCUGCAGAGACACCAACCCUGCUCCUAAGCACAAGCUGUGUGGGGAUCCCGGACCUGGCAAUGACACGUGUGGCUUUCACAGUUUCUUAAACACACCGUUCAGUAACUUCAUGAGCUAUGCAGACGAUGACUGCACCGACUCCUUCACACCCAACCAAGUGGCCAGGAUGCACUGCUACUUGGACCUGGUCUAUCAGAGCUGGCAGCCAGCAAAGAAACCGGCUCCUGUUGCCAUCGCCCCCCAGAUCGUGGCUCGGACCCCCACCUCUGUCACCCUGGAGUGGUUUCCACCCAUCGAUGGGCACUUCUUUGAAAGAGAAGUGGGAUCAGCAUGUGAUCUGUGCGUGGAGGGAAGAGUCCUGGUGCAGUAUGCCUUCAGCGCCUCGUCCCCAAUGCCCUGCGAUCCCUCGGGGCACUGGAGCCCACGGGAAGCAGAAGGGCACCCUGACGUUGAACAGCCUUGUAAAUCCAGCGUCCGGACGUGGAGCCCCAACUCAGCUGUCAACCAGCACACGGUGCCCCCCGCCUGCCCCGAGCCCCAGGGCUGCUACCUGCAGCUGGAGUUCCGCUACCCCCUGACUCCAGAGUCCCUCACAGUGUGGGUGACAUUUGUUUCCCCCGACUGGGACUCCAGCGGAGCGGUGAAUGACGUCAAGUUGCUCACUGUCAGUGGGAAGAACAUCUCACUUGGGCCGCAGAAUGUCUUCUGUGACAUCCCUCUGACCAUCAAACUGGACGCAGGACAGGUGGGCGAGGAGGUGUAUGGCAUCCAGAUCUACACUCUGGAUGAGCACUUGGAAAUUGAUGCUGCCAUGCUGAGCUCCAUCCCCCACAGCACGCUGUGCACGGACUGCAAACCCAUCCAAUACAAAGUGGUUCGAGAUCCUCCUUUCCAGUCCGGGUCUCCUGUUGUCAUCUCGAACCUCAGCAGAAGAUUCGUUGACAUGGAGCUGAGCGACAGCACCACCUACACAUACCAGGUCGUCGUUGUUUCCGGGGCAGAGCAGAGUGAACCCUCCCCAGCACUUGUCUACAUCUCUGGGAGUGGGUACUGUGGAGAUGGAGUUAUCCAAACAGACCUGGGGGAAGAAUGUGAUGACAUGAAUAAGAUCAAUGGUGACGGCUGCUCCCUGUUCUGCCUGCAGGAGUUAUCCUUUAAUUGCAUUGAUGAACCCAGCAGGUGUUAUUUCCACGAUGGUGAUGGAGUAUGCGAGGAAUUUGAGCAAAUGACCAGCAUCAAAGACUGUGGCGUUUACACUCCCAAAGGCUUCCUCGAUCAGUGGGCUUCCAACGUCUCCGUCUCCCAUCACAGCGACCAGCAGUGCCCAGGCUGGGUGGUCAUCGGUCAGCCAGCAGCAACCCAGACGUGUCGCACGAAGGUGAUUGACCUGAAUGAUGGUGUUUCCCAGUAUGCCUGGUAUCCCUGCACUGCCAACUUCCAGUACUCCCACAUGGCACAGACCAUUUUCUGGCUAAAGGCUUACUUUUCCACGCCGAUGGUGGCUGCAGCAGUCCUUGUCCACUUGGUAACUGAUGGGACCUAUUACCUGGAUCAGAAGCAGGAGACCAUUGGUGUGCAGCUGUUUGACACCAAAGAGCAAAGCCACGAUCUGGGUGUCCACGUCCUGAGCUGCAGGAACAAUCCCCUGAUUAUCCCCGUCAUCCAUGACCUCAGUCACCCUUUUUAUCACACCCAGGCUGUCCUCAUUAGCUUCAGCUCCCAGUUUGUGGCCAUCUCCGGGGUGGCCCUGCGUUCCUUCCACAACUUCGACCCCAUCACCGUCAGCAGCUGCCAGCGAGGACAGACGUACAGCCCAGCAGAGCAGAGCUGUGUCCAUUACUCCUGCGAAGCCACAGACUGCCAGAAGCUGGAGAUCGACAACGCGUUGCUGAACUGCACCGGGGGCGGGUGGUACAACGGAGCCCAGUGCAACGUGAGCUGCAGGACGGGCUACAUUCUGCAAGUCCAGAGGGAUGACGAUCUCAGCAAGAGCCAGGUGUUUGAAGCCAGAAUUUGUGGAACGUGCAUGCAAGAAAUGAACUAUCAGAGCAACUCCAGAAUCUGUGGUUUGGACUCCUUGCAUUGUGUUGUAUUGAAUUGCAUGGUGCUCCUGCCACAAAUCUUUCCCAGCUUCGGUUCUUCUUCUGAUCACAGGCAGUUGGAGAUGAGAUGGGAUACGUGGCUUGUUAUCUCUGCUCAUGGGACUUCAUGCUUUUCCAUAAAGCUGGUGGUUCUUUCACUGCUGUAAUUCAGUUGGGUUUGUGUCCUGGUUAGACUGGUUGGUGGGAUGAGGGCUGUAUUUUUCCUGCUUAACUGACAGUGUGGAGGGGUCCACAAGGAGGAGGAAGGAAAGGAGUUUUAUACAUGCUGAUACUUCAUUCUUGAGGGAGAAGGAGACAAAGGAGAGGUGCAGUGCCUCAAAGAGCAGCCCAAACAUUGGUGGCCCAUGACUGCAGCAUGCUGCUGAUGACUGACACACAAGUGAGGACGCUCUGGUUUAGCAUCUGAACCACAUCCAUCUUCUGUAAUUCACUGAAAGGCAGGAAAAAAAAUUAAAAGAAAAGAUGAACAGAGAAUUAAAAGCAAAGUUUUCAAAAGCACCUUGGAGAUGGAAGGGCACAAGUCACAUUUCAAAUCAAUCUUUUACUUCUAAAGGUUUUUUGAAAAUCAUCCGAACAGUUCCUGCACUUUCUGGCCUCUGUGUCUUCUUGAAGCCACCAUUUUAAAAAAGCUUGGGGAAAAAAAACUUCAUUCAUCUUUGCUCUCUGAGAAGUUCCUGUUCCCAAACCCUGUAAAACUCCAUAAAAUCACCAAACCCUAAAACACAUCAGCCCCAUGUGCAGCAGAAACCAUUUGCUGCUGUUAAAACGAAACAAAACAAAACCUGAGCUGUUUUCUUUCUCUGAGGCUCCCUCUCAUCUUCAUUUAGGGAUUUCGACAACAACAAAAUGGGCUGGCAUACUGAUGGAGGCAGAGCCAUCACGUAUCUUUUUCACAAAGAAGAUCCUGGGAUGUUUUCAUUUUCCCCCAAUGUCCUCCCACCCCCCUGACAACUCCAUCGCUCUUUCUUCUUCUCUCUCCCACUUCCCCCCUUUGUCUUUCACUGCCUUCCUCCCCCUUGUCCUUCACUGAAAGCCCCGCUCAUUCAGUUCCUUGUUGUCAUCUCUCCUUGAAGCUACCACCACUGCUGCUCUGGUCAAGAGGUGUUAUUUAAAACCCAGCAGCUCCCUAAUGUUGUGCAAAGGCAUCAUCAAUCAUGCCAGGAAAAGAAAGCAAGGCUCAUGUGGGUUCAAUUAGAGGCACAGUAGUGGGCAGAAGUGGAAGAAUACUUAGAGGGGAGGGCACAGCUGUUCAUUUUUAAGGAGAGGAAACUUCACACGUGAAGCAUCGCUUGAAGAAGGAGCCAGCUGGGAUCUCGGGCAGCAGGAAGGAGACAUGAAUUCUCCCAAGCUCUUAAAAGUCCCAAGAAACAAAUCUUUCUGACACUAGAUUUGUUUAAAUUUGCAUCCUCUCCACUGCAUUUCAACCUGUAUUUUUUUCUUCUUCUCUCCUUCUCUCCUGCCCUCCCUCCUUGCCUAAACCUCUUUUGGAAGGCAGGACGCAAAGGGAAGCGGUUGCUGCGAUGCCAGUCAAAGCAGCACAAAGUGCCCAAAGUGACAGCUAAUAAACCAGAUGAGAAAACCGAGUGCUUUGCGUGGGCUGCUGUGCGCAGGGUGACCUUGUCAGAGCAGACAGGCGAAACAGGCACAUGCCUGCUCAGGCGUCAGGUGGGAGAUCUGCAAAGGCAGGCGCAGAUGCUGCCACAAAGACCCGACGUCGGAUCCCAGGGCAGCAGUGCUUGGGCUGUGCUGUAUGCAGAUAGCCCGAGGUGUUUCCUUCUGAGGUCCUGCAGCCAGGUGCUGCCGUGAUCCCACCCUCCGGUGGCACAUUUGGGAAGGAGAAGCUGUAAGCCAGUGGGUGCCAUCUGCAAUGCUUUCUGGGGUAGCGUUGUCCUCUGCGCUUAAAAUCAAAGCCAUCGUCGUGCUGCAUGGUGGGAAGCUGGCUCUGUUAUGUCCUGCUACACGCAUGCACUCCUAUCACUUGAAGUUAUGCUGCUUAGUGAUAGACGUGCUCUAAAAUGUUUCAUUAUUACACGUGACCAUCAGCUUCCAUCAUAUAAAGUGUGGAAUAAAUCACUGGAAAAAGAUGAGAAGUAUGGGUCCUACCCACAUGGGCUCUGCUUCUCUGCAUGGGAAUGGCCAUGCCAGUGUGCCAGGAGAAGAAAAAGGCAUCUGGGUCUGCAAGGAGGUGACUCUUCCAGACUGGUUAGUAGUUUUGUUGGGAAAGUACCAUGGAGAAAAUGCCAGAGUUGAGAACGUGCAGAAGACUGAUCUUUUGUCACAUCGAGUUCUAGAAGGCUGAAAUAAAGCACAGUGAGGUAUAGCUGUACCAGGAGAUCACUUCCAAGGUAGGGUGGCCCCAGGGAUGCUGCAUUUCCAAAAGGCUGUCAUGUCCUGCAGCCUUCAGCUAACAAAGACCAUGCCCUCACAAGUGCUGGCUUGGACAAGACAUUGUUGCCCAUUUUUGUAAGGUGUGACUGUUGUGCAUAGAUAUUGCAUCUGUUUCCAUUUUUGUAUUAUAUUCUGUAAUUUGAACUCCUUAUUUGGUGUUCUGUAGAACAGCAUCUGAUACGCAGUUCUGUCACUGGAGAAACUCCCUUGUGCCCCACAGUGUGUUUCAACAGCAGGUAUCAGCUAGAAGGAGCAAUCUUUUAUUCUCAAA